CAGCCCCCGGGCGCGGGGCGCGCGGAGCCCGGCCCGUGUUUGCCGAACCCCGCGCUCGCCAACGCCUCGCUGGCCCUGCCCGAGCUCCACCGGCUCUUCCUAACGUACAGGCACUGCCGCCAAUUCCCCACGCUGCUGAAGCCCUCCAGGUGCAGCGGGGACACCUUCCUCCUGCUGGCCAUCAAGUCGUCCCCCAUCAACAUAGACCGGCGGGUGGCCAUCAGGAACACCUGGGGCAAGGAGGUCUCCAUCGGCGGCAGGCGCGUGCRGCUCGUGUUCCUGCUGGGGCGCUCGGAGGCCCGGGUGCGGGCGCACCCCCUGCACCGGCUGCUCGCCUACGAGAGCCAGGAGUUCGGCGACCUCCUGCAGUGGGAUUUCGUGGACAACUUCUUCAACCUGACCCUCAAGGAGCUGCACUUCCUGCGCUGGUUCGCCGAGGACUGCGCGCACGCCCGCUUCGUGCUCAAGGGCGAUGACGACGUCUUCGUCAACACUUACAACAUCGUGGAGUUCCUCCGGGAGCUGGACCCGCGGCAGGACCUCUUUGUUGGAGACGUGAUCGCCAAGGCCCAGCCCAUCAGAAACACCAGGGUCAAGUACUUUAUUCCGGAGUCCAUGUACAGAGGGCCCUACUAUCCUCUCUAUGCCGGAGGGGGCGGCUACGUGAUGUCGAGAGAGACCGUGCGCCGCCUCCGGAGCGCRGCCGAGGACACGGAGCUCUUCCCGAUCGAUGAUGUCUUUGUGGGGAUGUGCCUGGCAAAGAUGGCCGUGACCCCGAAGAACCACGCUGGCUUUAAGACUUUUGGGAUCCAGCGACCUUUCAAUCCUUUCGAUCCGUGCCUGUACAAAGAGCUGAUGAUCGUGCACAARCUGAACCCCACGGAGAUGUGGAUCAUGUGGACGCUGGUCAAGGAUGAGAGCAUUAGAUGUGCGGUCUCGGUACUGAGCCCCUAGAGAAGGGGCCGAAAGGGAGUGCCGACGGGCACCAAUACGGGGCACUUCAACUAAAAUCCCGUUGGGGUAGGAACGUGCCCGUUACUGACAGACUGUGUGAGCCCUGGGGGUUGCGUUUGCAAUGAGCCCUUUUCUGGCAGGUCACCGACGUGGUCGCGUCCUCCUGGGAUGCGGGAUGGCACCGGUAGCUCUGAGAUGUGGUCGCACACGGUACCGGGUCUGCAUUGACGGCUGGAGCYGGCACCACUACCUGGUCACGGGUGAUGGGAGCAGGUGCUGCCACCAAGGGGGACCCAUCCAGGCCCCCGAGGAACGAGCGCUGGCGCUGGGUAAUGUGUGACAGCCCUUGAAAUUCCCUUAACCUUCUGAAGUCCAGGCAGCAGCAAAGACUGGUGCCUGCUGCAGGGUCUGCUGCAAUGCAAUCCCACUGCCCUGGGUUAGAAACCCGGCAGGUCCUGUGGGCAGCUGGGAAUAGCAUGGAGGAAAAUGUCUCUGGAAUGUAGUGCCUUAACACAGAGAUCCAAGGGCUUGGAUUCCAGCAUGAGCCCUUUGGAUUUUACAGACGGUUAUUAUAUGUGUACUUGCACUGGAAACUUCUGCACAAACGCACUUUCGGGCUGGGUUUGAGAGCAGAAGUGUGUCUUGAAUACUCACAGUGUUCGUUACAAUUGUAGUGGCUGCAGCUUUCUGUGUUGCAUGGUCCAUGUUGGGUGGUGU